CGGUGUUUGAUGGGAUACCAGUGAGGAGCAACAACAGCAGCGAGUCUGGUAACGUUUGCCAAAAAGUGAUUAAAAACUAGCUUAAUUUAUCUAGUUUCUCGGUGUUAGUGCUUUAAAUUCAUGUGGUAUCGUUGAUAAGUUUGGAAGUAUAGAGUUAGAGUCAUAUCGUCCUGCUGCAGUUAACCGAAGAUGACCACAGCAGCCAGGCCAACGUUUGAGCCCGCGAGAGGAGGACGGGGCAAAGGAGAAGGUGAUCUGAGUGCUUUGUCUAAGCAGUACUCCAGCAGAGACCUGCCAGGACACACCAAGAUCAAAUACAGGCAGCCCACUCAGGAUGCUCCAGAAGAGGUGAGAGCCCGUGACUUCAGACGUGAGCUGGAGGAGAGAGAGAGAGUCGCUGUUAAGAGCAGAGACAGAGGAGCAAGAGAGCACACAACUUCCUCGUCGUCAUCUUCAUCCUCCUCCUCCAAGCGGCCACGUCUGGAUCAGAUUCCUGCUGCCAACCUGGAUGCGGAUGAUCCCCUCACUGAUGAUGAAGAUGACUCUGACUCCGGCUCUGACAGUGAUGAUGACACUGCUGCCCUGCUGGCUGAACUGGAGAAGAUCAAAAAGGAGCGAGCUGAGGAGCUAGAGAGGAAGGAAAGGGAACAGAAAGCAGAGGAGGAGAGGAUACGUAUGGAGAACAUUCUGAGCGGGAAUCCACUGCUCAAUCUGGCUGGCCAGCAGCAGCAGCAGCAGCAGCAGCAGCUACAACAAAAAACACAGAGCCAGAAUGCAUUCAGUGUGAAGAGAAGGUGGGACGAUGAUGUCGUGUUUAAAAACUGCGCUAAAGGAGUGGAUGAAUCACGUAGAGAGAAACGCUUCAUUAACGACACCCUGCGCUCUGAAUUCCAUAAGAAAUUCAUGGAGAAAUAUGUUAAAUAAUUGUCUUGUUAUAGAACUGUAUUACAGCAGUUUGUUUAAAAUAUUUUUUCUAUUUCGCAAAUAUCAUAUGUGCUCAUUUUGUCUUUUUAAGCUUUAUGUGCCGCCCCUUCAGUAGUGGGUCUGUAAAAGAAGUGUACCAAUAAAAAGAAAAGAAAAAUAGAA